AUCGACCUAUACUUCCUCCGGGUACAACCGUUCCUCCCUUUGUUCCACGGGCCAGAAUUCCUUCAGCAUUAUGUUGGCAAACUUGGUAGCCAAUGCUAUAAGAAUCUCAACAGAGUGUCUUAUCUUCUUGUAAAUGCCAUGAGCGCUCUUGCUGCUCGGUAUUCGACCUCGACGCAUUUUGAAGGCGUUACCCGAGAAGACAGAGGGAAGGAGUUUGCAUUCCGAGCACAGGUCGCGUUCCGUGAUGUGUCCAACGAAAAGGACUUUCGCGUUUCGUUGCCAUGGCUGCAAGGAUGCAUCCUCAUUGCGUAUUAUAAUCAAAGCUUCGGCCCCGAUCCUAAUCAGGAUGACAUGGUAAGACAUUGUGUCAACUACGCAGCCGACCUAGGUCUGCAUAAAGUGGACGAAGACUCGGCACAAAGCCCAGUGUCAUCUUCUGGACCCAUUGACGCAAAGAAUUGGUCGUCCAAGGAAGAAAAGCGAAGAGCUUGGUGGUCGGUCUGGGAGCUCGACGCCUUCGGCGCUGUGUCAGGCGGACGCCCAAACCUCAUCGACCCCCUCCAGGCUCGCAUUCGAUUACCGGCCUCAGACGAAACAUGGUUCUCCUACACUCCUCUUGACUCGCCCAUGUUCCAUGCCAACCCCCUGGUGUGCUGCAGGCGUCUUAGCGACACCCAGGCUCAGGAUGCUCGUCCGUGGUUCCUUAUGAGCAACUAUCUCAUGGUCCAGUCGCACCAACUCGCGCACAGAAAGACAGUCCGCCAACACGAGAUCGACGAAUAUGAGACCAUACUCGCAUCUUUCUCUGUGCUCUACCGGAGGAAGUUUGAGUACCUGCAUGACUGCACUUUUUUUGAUGAUGAGACAUACGCGAAAAGCAAUUGGCUCGUAUUGACUAACCUCAUGAUACUCAAGUAA